AGAAAGGGCAGACAUGGAGAAGAAGAUAGAGGUGGGAGAGAAGAGAAGGCAUGAGGAAGAAAGGAGCCAUGUGGAAGAAGGUGGCCAUGGGGUUGAAGGUACAUGGUGCGGGUCCGAGCUGUGGUGAUGGCCCGAGAUGACUCCAGUGGGGGCUGGCUGCCUGUGGGGGGCGGGGGCCUCAGCCAGGUGAGCGUGUGUCGGGUCCGAGGGGCCAGGCCCGAGGGGGGGGCCCGCCAGGGGCACUACGUCAUCCACGGGGAGCGCCUCCGGGACCAGAAAACGACCUUGGAGUGUACCCUGAAGCCAGGCUUGGUUUACAACAAGGUGAAUCCCAUCUUUCACCACUGGAGCCUGGGUGACUGCAAGUUUGGAUUGACGUUUCAGAGCCCUGCGGAGGCUGAUGAGUUCCAGAAGAGCCUGCUGGCUGCGCUGGCCGCGCUGGGUCGAGGCUCACUCACCCCCUCCUCCUCCUCCUCCUCCUCCUCCUCCUCUCCUUCCCAGGAUACUGCAGAGACCCCCUGCCCUCUGACGUCCCACGUGGACAGCGACUCCUCCUCCAGUCACAGCCGCCAGGAGACGCCUCCCAGCGCCGCUGCGGCCCCCGUCAUCACGAUGGAGUCAGCUUCAGGCUUCGGGCCGACCACGCCCCCCCAGCGCCGCCGCUCCUCAGCUCAGAGCUACCCGCCGCUUCUACCGUUCACGGGGAUUCCGGAGCCCUCAGAGCCCCUGGCAGGGGCAGGGGGCCUGGGGUGGGGCGGCCGCGGCUACGAG